AUGUCACAUGAAGUUCAAAAGCCUAUUUUUGCAGCCGCAUCAGCAAACCACCAGGGGGAUGAUAUUGAUUUCAACGAGAUCUUCUCAGAAUACUUCACAAAUGAAUUUGAGAACCCCAUCGAUGCCUAUACUGGCACAAUGGGCAACUCUUCAGGAGGCGUUGUGGCGAUGCAACAAGUUGUCGCUGGAUCACCGGGUGCCCAACAUUCAUUGGCUGUGGCCGGGGCAGAAUCGCUCCCUACAGGUGGGAUAAGAACAGCUUUUCAUUCCGCAGCUGCGGCAGCUGGUGUUGCUCCUGGAAGCCAAGGAGGCCACUAUCAACCGACGAAAAAGGCAAAGGUUGAGUCUCAUGCAGGGAUUGCCUUUUCUCAACCGGGUGGAUUGACUAGUCGGCUUGGUGUACCAAUGCCACUACUACAAGGUCAAAAUGGCUUACAAGGUAUGGCGGCGCAACUAGGUGCGAAUCCAACAACUGCCGGCGUAGCACUUCCAGUAGGUGUAGGUAUUCGAUUGGGGGGGGCAGGAGGGGUUGCUCCCACCACCGCACAGCACGCUGCACGGACUGGUGGUCCUGGCUUUCUUUGGGGUGGGCCACAAGCACCCGGGAUAUCAAAUCAAGCAAUAGCAGAAAGACGGCAACGAAAUAGGGAGCACGCCAAACGCAGUCGUGUACGGAAGAAAUUCAUGUUGGAAUCGCUCCAAGAACAGGUCUCGUCCCUACAAUCCGAAAACCAGCGACUUCGUACACUGAUUCAGGAUAAUAUUCCUGAGCAUGCGCAGAAAAUAAUAUCCGAAUGCUGUUCAAAGAAUACCCUUUUCGGAGACAAAGUUACUGCACAAUCAGAAGAAAAGAGAGCAACCGCGCUUGUGCGAUCCGAUUUUCAACUCAUGGAAAGUUUGACUUCAGGGCAACAGAAUUUUGUACUGUCAGAUCCACGUUUACCGGAUAAUCCUAUCGUGUUUGCGACACCAGGAUUCUACAAGCUAACAGGGUAUUCUCAGGAACAGGUUCUUGGACGGAACUGUAGAUUCCUACAGGGUCCAGGUACAAACCCGAAGACUGUUGACAUCAUCCGCAAGGCUAUCGCGACUGGAUCGGAUUGCACUGUAUGUAUCCUGAAUUACAAGGCUGAUGGGACUCCUUUCUGGAACCAAUUCUUUGUUGCUGCGUUGAGAGAUUCCGACAAUUGUAUUGUGAAUUAUGUUGGCGUGCAAACAGAAAUCGAACCGGAUGCCGGUGCCAAUGCCCUUGAAGAUCGGGUAAAUGCUGUCUUACCACUCCAGAAUAAGGAUGAGGAAGAUGGUGACGAUUGCGACGGUUCAAUGUUGUAG